UCAUUUCCCAAAAAAUUAUACUUUCAUUUUAAUUAAAUAUCAUCAAGUUAAACCAUAACUAUGAAAAUCAUCAAAUUUAUAUUUGCUCUUCUACUCAUUUGUUUCUCAUUUUUCAUGUUAUUUCCAUUUUCAUAUGCUGCUCCAUUGUUAGAUCAUGAAGUGAAUGUGACUAUUCCUUUAAGUUCUAGGAAGCUGAAGUUCAAUGAACAGCCAAAUCAGGUGAAAAGCAGUGGAAAUCAAAUGAAUUUAGUCCCAUUAAACACUGCGAAACAAGAUUCAUUAACAGGUAAAGAACAUGAAGGUGCAAAAAUGGUGCAUGCAAGAAAAGGGACAAGACAAGAGUGGAUUGAAGGCAAAGACACUUCUAAUUUCUUCACAAUGGACUAUAAUUGGGUUAGAAGACGACGCCCCAUACAUAAUAAGUCCGUUCGCCCGUGAAAAUAACCAUCCCAAACUAGUUAGAGUCGGCUUUUUAAUUAGUUACUUUCAUCAUAUAGUAACGUUUUAAUCUCAAAUUAGUUGAGGUUAGUUGUAUGAAUCCUCGAUAUAGUAUCGUAUAGUGAUUCCCGAUAUCUAGUAAAUUAAAAAAAAAUGCUAUAUAGUUUUGGGAAUACAAUUUUGACUUAGGAAAAUGAAGUGCACGUGUUACGUUUUGUUGUAAUUAGGAGUUUAGUUUUAUUAUAAGAAUAUGAGGAUUAUGUCUGUUGUAAAUUUGUUUAUGGCCGACAUUAAACCCUAACUUUUGGUAUUAGUAGUAAUAAUAACAAGAAAAACCCUACCACCUUUUCUGUUUUU